AUCACAGACGAUAUUCUUGAUUAUAAUUCAUUUGGUAUUUUAACCAUAAUUAUAUCAGAUAGAAAUUCGCCUCCGACGGAAUUUCCAAGGAUCGACAGGUCCUAUAUUUAUAAUCUGCUCUGCCUAUCUUUAAUACUAUUGUUUUCACAACAAAUCAACCGGCUUUUCGAAUAGAUAUCGAAUUAAAAAGGAGGAAAUCACGUGCUUUAUUUAUGUCUAAAGAGUCCAGUCGAUGAUAGAGUAAGAAUUAAAGGUUAUGGAAGGCAACGAAAAUGUAGAAGAGCAAAUGCAAAUAGAGGAACAAGUGCAAGCAGAAGAACAAGUGCAAGCAGAAGAAACAGUGCAAGUAGAAGAGCAAAUGCAAGUAGAAGAUCCAGUACAAGCAGAAGAACAAGUACAAGUAGAGGAACAAAUGCAAGUAGAAGGGCAAGACGUAGAAGAUCAACAUGAAAGUGAAAAUGUUAUUCCCAAUAAUGUACAAAAUAAUGAAGAAAAUGAUACUGGAACUAAAAGUUCACAACGAACAAAUGCGACGAGUGUAAACUUGGAUGUCUCGGAUGUAGACUCUGAUCAGUCAUGUCCAAUAUGCAUGGAGCAAUGGACCAGCUCGGGAGAACAUCGUUUGUGUUGUUUACGCUGUGGACAUCUCUUUGGACAUAGUUGCAUUCUAAGGUGGUUACAGUAUUCUUGCAACAGUACAAAUCGCCGUUGUCCACAAUGCAAUAAGAAAGCCUCGAUGAAACAUAUUAGGAUGCUAUAUGCGAAAAAGCUGACAGCAAUUGACUCUACCGAGUAUGACAAUCUGAAAAAGGAUUUAAUAAAGGUGUCAGCUGAAAAGAAUAAUUUACGGAAGGAAUUAUCGCAGGCUAACAUUCGUCUAAAAGUAUACGAGGAGCAUGUAAAUAGCAUGAAAAAACGUAUUAUCGAAUUGGAAAAUCAAAAAUCAAGAAUCAAUGUUGAUACUUGCCCAAGUGCAUCAAGUCUUGCUUCAAGGAAGUUUCAUUUAGAACAAUCUGUAGAAAUCUGUAAAGAUGGUGGCUGUCGCGUCUUGGAUUAUAAUCCAUGGUAUAAAUUACUGGCUGUUUCUCAAAAGUCAACAACCACAUUAUUCAAUGGAUAUGGCAUAAGGAAAAUGGAUUGUGAAUGCUUUAAUUUACGGCAAUUUAUUUUCUUACACACUCAAGCUAUAAGAGAUUUCACUUUUCAUUCGACGCAACAAACAAUUCUUCUUAGUGUUGGUUUUGAUAAAUGUGCUAAGCUAGUGGACAUCCAAAAUAACAUGACGAUGCACACAUACCAAACAGAAUAUCCACUUUGGAGUUGUUGUUGGUCAGGUGACAAUCCAAACGUUUUCCUGACUGGUGCGCAAAAUGGAAUUAUUUCUCAAUUUGAUAUUAGACAAACUUCCUCUGCUCUUAGCGUCUUAGAGGGUAACGGGGAUAAAUCACCAGUUGUAUCAAUGGCAGGAGUGCCGCCAAAUCCUGGCAGUGGUAUCAGUAGAGGUGGAUUUAUAGCAUGUCGUUUAAAUACAUGUUAUACAUAUGAAAUUAAGGAUACCAACUAUCUAUCUAAACAGAUGUUUAUAGAGGGACCUUUUGUUUCAGUACGCUAUGAUGAAAAAAAUCACCAUUGUCUUAUAUCAUCUCGUCCUAAUCCUAGGCAGCCACACGCAAGACAUAUAGUAUGUACUAUUGAAAGAAAUACAUCUAACGAAGAGAUAGUUACAUAUAAUGCCGUACAUACAUUCCAAGCCGGUAAUUCUCAACAACUUUUAUCUCGACCAUGUUAUUUAUCUAUAGAAGAUGAUACAUUAGUCGCAGCAUACAUAGAGUCCAGCAGCAGUGUAUCAUUAUGGAGUGUAGCGAGCGGUCAAAAGUUGCAUAAUCUUCCAGUGUCAGAUCCUAUUAUGGAUCUAUGUUCAUUUAAUAUUAAUAAUAAUUUAUUUUUAACAAGUCUUUCUGCAAAGAAACUUAGGUUAUAUAAUUAUGGACAAUUAACACAAAUAUAAAAUACAAAUGUACAAAAUAAUACACAAUCUGCCUUGCCAUUUGUGCAUGAUUCUUUGUGCAAAAUGCAAAGAUAUCCUUGAUAUAAUAUU